AUGUUUGGAACCAGAAUGACAUCCAACAGAUGUCAAGGUAAAAUUUGUGAUGCAUUAGAAGAACGAGAUGAAGAUAUUAUUACGAGCGAUUAUAUAUUUAUGUCACAUAAUUGUAAGAUAAACGCUCAAAAUGACAAUAUUAUUUCAAAUGAUUAUGCAGAAGUUCGAGUAUUGCUAGAUCAGUAUUACGAGAUAACCGCACGAAAAUAUGGAACAUUUCAUGAUUAUGAUUCUAAAAAAGUGAGCAAAGAAUUGAAAGAUAUUUCUAUUGAAGAUGGCACAGAAGGAAGUAUUAAUCGUAAGGAAGGUAUUGUAGGUGACCUAUUCGAGAAUGACAUUUUAUUAACAUUACCGCAAGUUAAGGCUUUACUUAAUGAAGACAUUAAAAGCAGAAGUAAUCGCCAAGCAAUUCGAGGAACGCAAUAUAAAUGGAUGAAAAUGCCGAUAUCAUACUAUUUCGGCAGUUCAGAUGUCAGAUGGCAAAAUUUAAUUCGUACAGCUUUACGCCAUAUCGAAGCGGAAACAUGCGUUCGCUUCAAGGAAAGCAGUGGCAACCGGGAUCACAUAUAUUUCACACAAAGGGCAGGAUGUUGGAGUAAUGUUGGUAGAAUUGGCGGUCGACAAUUGAUAUCUAUUGGAUAUGGAUGUGAAUCGAUGGGCAUAGUGACACAUGAAGUACUACAUGCUUUGGGCAUUUGGCAUGAACAAUCACGUAGCGAUCGUGACAAUAAUAUUUGGAUCAACUAUGCCAAUAUUUAUCCGGGUACUCAAGGAAAUUUUGAAAAACGAACAACACUAAAUACUGAUAACAUGGGAUUAUCUUAUGAUUUUGGUUCUGUGAUGCAUUAUGGCUCCAAGGCAUUCACAAUCAGUUUUAAUAGGUAUACGAUUGAGACACAUGAUCGUCGAUAUCAACAAACAAUCGGACAACGAGGGGCACUUUCAUUCAAAGAUGCAAAAAUGAUUAAUUUAGGAUAUUGCAAUGAUACCUGUAAUUAUCAAAUGAUUUGCUACAAUGGUGGAUACACAAAUCCAAAUAACUGUUAUCAAUGCAAAUGUCCGAGUGGAUUAGGUGGAACAAAUUGCCUAUCAGUAGAAAAAAGCAAUAAAACACCGAAAUGUGGUGGUGAAUUGUGGGCUAAUAAUAGUUAUCAAACGAUCAAUAGCAUUAACCUACGUGGUAACAUUCAUUGCGUUUGGAGGAUUAGAUCGAAAGCACAGGUGCUUUUAUACGUCGAUGAAUUGAAAUUGCCUUGCAAAAACGCAUGUACUAGCUAUUUGGAAUUGAAAUUUAAACAAGAUAUGAUUCCCACUGGGACAAGACAUUGUUGUGGACCACCAAAUGCUUGGAUAGCAAGUGAAAUGGAUACUAUCAUUAUCAUCUAUUUAGUAAACGAUGAUUUCGAUGGGCAAGGAUUUAAGUUACGCUAUAAGCUAAGCAACAUUCCACCAUUCAAAGGUCCGACGUAUAAAAAUUUAGUAACAACGAUCACAUGGAGUAAAUGGGGUCUAUGGAGCGCAUGUUCGGCGACUUGCGGUGGCUGUGGCAAACGACGUCGUGUUCGAGCAUGUUAUAGCAAAAAUCAGCAUUGUCCAGGACCAAAGGAAGAGAUGGAAGAGUGUGGUAAAAAACGAUGUCAAAUAUGGAAAAAUUAUAAUUGUAUUGGUCGAUUAGUUAUGCCAUGUAGUCUUUAUCACAAAAUACAAUUUGCUACAGAUAAAGCUGAUAUAUACAUACCACCUGCUGAUAGCUUGGCUGUAGAUCAAUACAAGUACAAACAAUACGUCAAGUCAGCCUUUUCUGGUGAACGACUUUGUGAAAAGUAUUUUCAUUAUUUUUGUCCAAUGUCGACGCUCACUGUUUAUAUGGGUUGGAAAGGUGAAAAUAAUUGGUUGAAGUUGAAUAAGCAAGGAUGCUGUGACGGAUAUUACUACAAUGGAACUAUUUGUGUUCCUUACUGA